GGGGGGGUGGAGGUGAGGAAUGGAACUUCAUACUCACCCCUAUAAACUGAUACAUUAGCCACUCAAAAGGGCUACUCUCUCUCGCUCUCUGAAGGGAAUCUCAAGACUGCGGGGCACCGGCGAUUAUAUCACUCAUGACGUCGGCCGGCGCUGGUGAGAGUAUCUACUGCACACACGCUCACGCCAUUAUACAUCUCACACCAGCAACACGUAUUUUUAUUGUUUCUGUAUUGACAGAUUACAGAGAAAUGAUUAAGGGAGACAAGCUUGUAUUAAGGGGUCUAAAGUUCCAUGGGUACCAUGGGGUGAAGCCAGAAGAAAGGAAGUUAGGUCAGAAGUUCUUGAUUGAUGUCGAUGCUUGGAUGGAUCUUCAACCCGCGGGUAGUUCUGACCGCCUAUCGGAUACCAUCAGCUACACUGCCAUAUAUAGCAUAGUUAGAGACGUUGUAGAAGGAGCCCCGCACAAUCUUCUCGAAUCUGUAGCUGAGCAAAUUGCAUCGACAGUAUUGGGCAAGUUCUUCCAGAUUUCUGCUGUCCGAGUACAGGUCGGAAAGCCGCAUGUCGCUGUGCUCGGUCCUAUUGACUACUUGGGGGUGGAGAUUGUUAGGCAUCGUACAAAUGUUGUACAAAGUUAAGCCUUUUCCAGGCUUCACCAUUUCACUUAACUUUGUCAACUUUUAGAUUGUAAAAUGCUUGUGAUAUUUCGUUUCGUCUAUCUUGUCUUUUGGUAUACAUUUUGUUUUUGAAUUAUUAAUGACAGCAUUUUGUUUUGAGUUA